CUUCUUUGGCCCACCCUCUCUCCUCCCUCCCCCAACUGGCUACGACUACAUAUUGUCAUGCGCAUACUUGAGUAAUUGUCAAAAAUAUAUGGAGUAGAAUUCGAUCGAAUUACUGCUAACUCUGCUCUUUCUUCGAGCCUCUACCGUCGCCGCCGUUUGAUCGACCGCAAACGCUGCUAUGAGCGACUCGCAAGGGUCUUCUUCUGCUUCCUCUUACUCGUCUUCAUUUGAGGAUGCUCUCGCAAGGCCGCGGGUAAUUGAUCAAGUUAAAUUUCGCUAUUGAUCAUCUUUCACUAUAUGUUGGUCGUGGUUAGUUGCCUGUUACAUCUAAACUCGCUCUAGUGGGAAAUAUGACUCCUUUGUUGACUUCCGGUGCUGACUGCCGAGUCCAAUUUAUAAGUAAUCUUUGUAAAUGUUUGGUUUCACCGAUUGACUUACAAGUUCCUAAAUUUUGUUGCUUUGAUUUGCGGAUUUUGGCAUGCUCCCUAGUUUAAGUAAGUUUUGCUCUCAUGCAGUGUGCAUUUUGUUUCAGUUGUGUGUAUACGGCCAUAUACCAGCCAGGUUACAACUUACAAUCCGUGUAUGAACCAGGAAAAGAACCUAUGUUAGAAGUGUAAUUUGGUUUGUGACUUUGUGGCUUGGUAUGGUGCAAAGUCGCAAAGUGUAGGGCUGCUAAGUGUACACAGAGUGGGGAGUGCAUAUAAUUCAGCAUACCAAGGGGUCAUUUUGCAAAAUACCAGACACCCCUAAGUAUAUCUACUUAACCAAAAAACAAGUAAAAUAACGACGCUGGGUUUCAUACAGCAGCUGAUGGAAGUCAUUCUGUGGAUUUCACUGCAAGAACCUCACGCCAUUGGAGAGAUGUGUUUUGGUUGGUGAUAUUUCUGUUGCAUCUAAUAGUGGUUGGUUUGGCACUCGGGGUAUUCGGCUUUAAUAGGUUUAGGGAAAAGGAUAGGCUAAAGAUUGAUAGAUAUACAAUGCUAUUUCUUGAUAAUCGUGAGGGUCUAACAGAGGAUUAUUGGCCAUUGUAUGCUGUUGCGGCUGGAGUCGCAACUGCUCUUGGUUGGACUUGGUUGUUGUUACUCGGUUCACAGGGGAACCAGAUGAUGAAAUUCUCAGUGCACAUCUUGACUACAUAUCUUGCAGUUGUCAGUGUGUUGUGUUUCUGGUCAGCACAGAUAUUUUGGGGCAUUGCCUUUGCCAUUGGUGCAGCUUUGCAGUUCAUGUAUGUCAUAUCAGUAAUAGACAGAUUUCCAUUUACCAUGCUAGUGUUACAAAAGGCAGUCAAGAUGGUGUGGAGCCUUCCUGAAGUUAUGGGAGUAUCAUGUGCAUUUACACUGGUCAUGAUUUCAUGGUUAGUACUGUGGUCCUUUGGAGUAGCUGGGGUUGUGGCUUUAAGCAUUGGUGAUGGUGGACGUUGGUGGCUACUUGUGGUGAGCUGGUUUUCUGUGUUAGUUUAUUCUGGACAGGCGCAGUUUUUUGCAACAUUGUUCAUGUUAUAGUGUCUGGGAUGGUGUUUUUUGUUAUAUACCAUGGCGGUCAUGCAGAAACAUCAAUGCCUCCUAAACCGCUGUUGAAUUCUCUGAGAUAUGCUAUCACUACUUCUUUUGGCAGCAUCUGCUAUGGAUCACUGUUUACGGCCGCUAUCCGGACAUUGCGUUGGAAGAUUAGAGGAGUAAGGUCAAAGAUUGGUAACAAUGAGUGCUUGCUUUGUUGUGUGGACUUCCUUUUUCAUUUGGUGGAGACGCUAGUCCGAUUCUUCAACAAGUAUGCUUACGUCCAGAUUGCUGUUUAUGGUAAAAACUUUAACAACUCAGCAAAAGAUGCUUGGGAGCUGUUUCAAUCAACCGGAGUUGAAUCACUGAUUGCAUACGACUGUUCUGGUGCUGUACUACUAAUGGGCACCCUUUUAGGUGGACUGAUUUCUGGAACUUGUGCUGGAGUUUGGACCAGGAUCAAGCAUCCGGACAGAGUUAUGAUGGUCGGUUCCACUUCCAUGUUGAUUGGGAUGAUCUUGGUGGGUUUAGCGAAUGUAGUGGUGGAAAGUGCAGUGACCGCCUUAUAUAUCUGCUUUGCUGAAGACCCUUUACUAGUAAGUAAAUGGGAUUCAGAGUUUUUUGACAAGAUGUCGGAGACCCUUCACCAACGUUUGCAGCACAGAAGUGCACGUGCAAGGCAAGUCGUACUAACCACUAGGUUCGAUACCCAAAUGCAAGAACCAGUGCAAAUCUGAAUUUUAUGUCUCCACAAAUCGGAAUUGAAAAUAACUGUCUAUAUUUAUAUUUAUAUUUAUAAUUUUAUAUAUUCAUACAAUUAUCCAAAGAAUUACAGGUCCAGUUAUAAAGGUGUAAAUUUUUGUGCUUCCAACGUCAUUCUUGUGGUUUUCCUUGAUAUGGCCUAUUUGUAAAGAACUAUAACAUUGAGACUGAUUGACUUUUUAUAGGGUCGGUGUAACCUAUAAAUUCUGGAUUUUAAUGAUAUCAUAUUUACUGUUUACUUAACCAAAUUGAACGGUAAUUUCCUAAUAAAAAUAAGACUGAUCAAGCGUAAGGCAUUUCCCAUGCAAGUCAUUGUUUUCCUUGUUGUUUUUUUGAAAAUUUUGUUUUCCUUGUUUUAACUUUGUUUUGAAAGUGAAAGUAUCACAUAUGAGCCCUGUGUUGUUAUCACAUACUUCUUCCGUUUUUAACGGUCAACAUUUCACACUUGUCGAGACACAACUUUGACCAUUAAUAUAUACUCCGUAUAUAAUUUUGUAUUAGUAAAAAAGUUUAAAAAAAUAGAUUUUGAAAAUUUUGUUCAUAAAAAAUAUUAAUACAUUAAUAAAUAAAAUGUAGUCAAAGUAGAACAUGUGAAUAGUGUAAAAUUCAAGGUGUUACAUUUAUUUAAGAACGGAAGUAGUAUGUGAUAACGACACAGGGCUCAUAUGUGAUACUUUCACUUUCAAAACAAAGUUAAAACAAGGAAAACAAAAUUUUCAAAAAAACAACAAGGAAAACAAUGACUUGCAUGGGAAAUGCCUUACGCUUGAUCAUUCUUAUUUUUAUUAGGAAAUUACCGUUCAAAAUUUGGUUAAGUAAACAGUAAAUAUGAUAUCAUUAAAAUCCAGAAUUUGUGAUUGUUUUUUGUCAAUACUAAACAAGUAAACAGAAAGUCAAGCAUCAUGGAAAAAUAAGAAUACUAUGAACAAAAUUUUUGGAAGAUUGUUUGUGAACAAUAUAAAAAAUAGAAUCUUUCUGAAGAACAUUUAAAAAUUUAUUGUUGUGAACUUGUGAUAGACGAUAGUGUAUAUAUGUUGAAUUCUACUCCUUCACACUACAUAUGCAGAGGCCGUUUGGUAACAUCUUUUUUGGCUUAUCAGGCUUAUCAGCUAACUUUUUCACCAAACACGUAACUUUUACUUUCGCGCGCUGAAUUGUGUAAUAAGCAGAAAAAGUAAGGUUAGAGUUACUUUUCUGGCUGUAUUGGCUGAAGUUACUGUAGAUGACCAUUUUAGCUAUUUUUACAUAUAAUUUUUUCUUUAUUUUAUUAAUAAAAUAUAUUUUAAAAAUAAUUUUUACUUAAAUCAGCAGAAACAGCCACUUCAGCCAAAACUUCAUAAAUUUCAGCAGAAUCAGCCAAAACAGCCGAUUUUCGUGCUACCAAACAGGCUCGCAAUAUCGAUUUAGUGUUUGUUAGAGACAAUUAUAUGUUUAUAAUUAUUUAUGCUUAAAACACUUUAGGGAUGUAAUCACUUUACACCGUUUGUUUUAAUUAUUUGAUGUAAACUGAAGUGUAUUCUUUAAAAACAUUUUACUUUUUACAUGGGACUUUUUACAUCGGGAAGGUUGGUAAACUACUUUACAUUAUAAACAUAAAUAAAAUACACGGUUUGAUUUUUUACAGUCCAGGCCUAAUUUUAACUACUCCAGUACUCCGUACUUGAGUAUGACUGCUGAAGAGGAAAGCUUGUCGUCAAGAAGUAAGCUUUACGGCAGAAGAAGAAAACAGCCCUAAUUAUAAGAAUGAAACACGUAGACCGCACUUUUGCAUAAGUAAGCUUCCACGUUAGUUUUCUUUUUUAAUUUAAUGACAUGUGGAGUAUUAUUUAGAGUAUUAUUGUAUGGUAAAAUUAAAGUAAAAUUUAGUUUUUAAUGAGAUUCGUUUACUUGAUUCGGGUGAGUUAUGGAAAACAAUGUAAGAGUUCUCGUGUAAUUUAAAAAUAGAUUGUACACAUAUCAAAUGAUGUAUUUUAAUUUUACAUGUAAAAUGUUUACUGUCCUAAAUUUC